UAUUCAAAGCCGAGAGGAUUAAAGAACCGACAUGAUAAAAUCAUAUGUAGAAGCAAAUCUUGGAGUGUUUGACCACUUCCAAAGUCAACUCUCCUUCAAGUGGGUUACCUUUUUAACUACAAACAAAACACAAAGAACAUAAAGACUAAUCCCUACCUCUCUAUAAAUCAUUCCACGACAAGUCAUAACUUUCCAGCUUGAAUACAAAUCUCUCUAUUUCUCUGCAAAAAAAAAAUGGCAAAAUGUCUCAUCAAUUCUUGUAUCCCUAUCCUCCGUAGACGCCAAGCAAUAGUCACGCUAGUUUUCUUUGAGCAAGGAUCCACCAAAACCCUAUGUGACUCAAAGAAACACGUCGCCGGAGAAAUCAUGUUCGAGUUUCCCGAUCAAAUCGUGUGCCAUGCAGAUUCAUUCUUCAUCGGCCGUCCCGUUCCAGCUCUAGCCAUGGACGACUAUCUACUCCCAGGUCAAACCUAUUUCGUUUUACCGAUCGAACGUUUCGCUUAUAAAAUCUUAACCACUUCGUGUCUCUCCAUCUUCAACUCUAAUAAUGGUGAAAAAGUUCCGUCUACUAGUCAACCAACGUUGAAUUUCACCGCCCCGUCGAGUCCACCACCGUUCGAGUAUUCUAAGGGAGUAAACGGGAAGGUUUUGAUAAAAGUUUCUCCUGUUUUUAUCAUGAGUCUUAUAUGUAAAAACAGAAACAUGUGCAGCAAAGGAGAGGCGAUAAUAGAUUGUGGUGAGAGCAGUGAGCUUUGUAAUUCUCCCGAGCUAAAGAAGCAGUAUGAUCAGCUUGUGGGAACGAGAGAACACAUAUGGUCACCGAAGUUGCAGACGAUCUCCGAGCAUGAGAUUAGGGUCUCUCCAUUAAGGUUCUUGGGGAUUAUUCGAAGGCAACAAGAAGUGAAAUGAUUAUUAGCAGGGAGAAUUUUUUGGACCGCUGACUUCACGCAUGUGGGUAGUUGGAUUUGGAGGCGCCUUGUGAAGCUAAGGCAUUUGGCAAAGCCUCGCAUCCUUUGUCACGUUAAUUCAGGCGUCUUUGCGUCCUUUUUGCAUGAUAAUUGGACGGAAUUGGGGUCGCUCAUUGACAUCGUCGGAUCUCUAGGCCCUCAGGUCUCGGGUAUUCCAAUUGACAGCUCUGUUUCUGAGGCCGUCUCCUUGGGCGCAUGGAGAGAGUCUCGCAGUAGGAACCCAAUUUUGAGAAGGCUUUUACAGUCCUUACCCACUCAGAUUCCAGACAUAAAUUCACCUGAAAAUGACUAUUAUAUAUGGAGAAACUCCCCUGAUGAUCCUCCGUCAGUCUUCUCAACUUCAAAGCUUUGGACUUCAUUGAAUCCCCCACCGCCGUUGGUUUCAUGAUAUAAGGAAGUCUGGUUCAGUCAAAAAAUCCCAAAACAUUCUUUUAUGGCUUGGCUCCUGCUAAAAGG